AUGGCUGGGGCAGGCUGGGCAAGGGUCAUCGGGGAUGCUUUCGGUUUAAUGCAGCUGGAGAACGUGAGGUCUGUUGGUGAACGUUUUGGUUUCAGUAUGUUGUGCACAGAUCAAAGAGCUCCAGGAAAAGUUCUGCAUGAUGCUGUUUGCAACCACCUGAACCUUGUUGAAGGCGACUAUUUUGGCCUUGAGUUUCCAGAUCAUAAAAAGAUGAUGGUGUGGCUUGAUCUUUUGAAGCCUGUUAUGAAACAGAUUAGAAGACCGAAGCACGUUGUUGUAAAGUUUGUGGUAAAAUUCUUCCCACCUGACCAUGCUCAGCUGCAGGAAGAACUGACAAGGUACCUAUUUGCUUUGCAAGUGAAGCAGGACCUGGCACAGGGAAGGCUAACAUGUAACGAUACCAGCACUGCCCUCUUAAUCUCACACAUAGUACAGUCUGAGAUUGGGGAUUUUGAUGAAACCAUAGAUCGUGAACACUUAGCGAAGAACAAGUAUAUACCUCAGCAAGAAGCACUAGAAGACAAAAUCAUGGAAUUUCACCGUAGUCACAUGGGACAGACACCAGCAGAAUCUGACUUCCAGCUUUUGGAGAUUGCCCGUCGGUUGGAGAUGUAUGGAAUACGCUUGCAUCCAGCCAAGGACAGGGAAGGGACAAAAAUCAACCUGGCUGUUGCCAACACAGGCAUUCUGGUGUUUCAGGGUCACACCAAGAUCAAUGCCUUCAACUGGGCUAAGGUUCGAAAGCUGAGCUUCAAGAGGAAACGUUUUCUUAUCAAACUACGCCCUGAUGUGAACAGUUCGUUCCAGGACACCCUGGAAUUCCUUAUGGCCAGUCGAGAUUUUUGCAAGUCUUUCUGGAAGAUCUGUGUGGAGCAUCAUGCCUUUUUCAGGCUUUUUGAGGAACCUAAACCAAAGCCUAAACCCGUUCUUUUUUCUAGAGGUUCAUCAUUUAGGUUCAGUGGUCGGACUCAGAAGCAAGUUCUUGACUACGUUAAAGAAGGAGGGCACAAAAAAGUGCAGUUUGAAAGGAAACACAGCAAGAUUCAUUCCAUCAGGAGUCUGACUGCACAGCCUUCAGAACAGCAUACAGAGGUGCCAAAACAAGUCAGUGGUAGCUCUAGCUUUGCAUAUGGAGACGACAAUGAUGCUGCAGCAGUGCAGAGCUGCCGGCAAGGGAAGGAAUUGAAGGCUUCAACAGAAGACACUGGACAGCACAAGAGCCCUUCCUUGAAGAAGAGCCCAAAGGAAGGCAGAAAGGUGGAUGGAGCAGUGGUGUCAACAGUGGAGGAAGAAGAGGAGGCUGCUAAGGACAGGAUGCAGCAGAACAGACCUCAGUCACAGCAACCAAGCACAGGUUCUCUGACUGGCAGCCCUCACCUUUCAGAGCUUUCCAUCAAUUCCCAAGGAGGACCAUCGGUGGCAAAUAUGUCUUUAUCUCCAAACUUGAGCCCUGAUGCCAAGCAGUCAUCUCCAUUGAUCAGCCCUUUGCUGAAUGACCCAACAUGCAUCAGGACUGACGAUGAGGAAGAGGUCAAAAGAAAGAGAUUCCCAACUGAGAAGGCUUACUUCAUUGCUAAAGAAGUAGCGACCACAGAACGAACAUACCUGAAGGACCUUGAAGUCAUCACAUCGUGGUUUCAGAGUGCAGUGAGUAAAGAGGAUUGCAUGCCUGAAACACUGAAAAAUCUCAUUUUCUCCAACUUCGAACCUUUGCACAAAUUUCACACUGGUUUUCUCAAGGAAAUUGAGCAGAGACUUGCUCUGUGGGAAGGCCGCUCUAAUGCUCACAUUAAAGGAGAUUACCAAAGAAUCGGAGAUGUUAUGCUAAAGAACAUUCAGAGUAUGAAGCAACUGACAAUUCACCUGUGGAAGCACAAUGAGAUUUUAAUGGAGCUGGAGAACGGGAUCAGGAACUCUCGCAAGCUGGAGACCUUUUGCAGGGAUUUUGAGCUACAGAAAGUCUGCUACUUGCCUCUCAAUACCUUCCUUCUCAGACCUUUACACAGGCUUAUGCACUACAAGCAGAUACUGGAGAGGCUUUGUAAACACUACCCACCAAGCCACACAGACUUCAGGGAUUCAAGAGCUGCUUUGGCUGAGAUUUCUGAAAUGGUGGCUCAGCUCCAUGGCAAUAUGAUCAAGAUGGAGAACUUCCAGAAGCUGCAUGAACUCAAGAAAGACUUGAUAGGCAUAGACAAUCUGGUGAUACCAGGAAGG